GUUAUCUUCUUCACGAGUGGCGGAUAGUCUUACAACAUAAGAUAAAACGAAACAAAAAAAAAAAACAUGGCGGCAGAAGCUGUCGCUCUGUCAUCAACCGCCGCCGCCUGCCAUUUUACCGGCAACAAUGGCGGUGGCUCCUCUACCAAACCCACCCGUCGUUUCCUUCUUUCUCCGGCCACCAAGUUCCGGGGACAUCACCGGAAUCUUGCGUCAUCUUUCUUGGGAACCCAACAACGGGUUAAUAUAAACAGGCCCAUUUCUUAUGUUCAGAAGAAGAAUUCAUCUGUUUUUGCCAUGGCUGCUGGUUCUGAAGAUGGAAAGCGUGCGGUUCCACUGAAGGACUACCGCAACAUUGGUAUUAUGGCUCACAUAGAUGCAGGGAAGACGACUACAACAGAACGAGUACUUUACUACACAGGUAGAAGCUACAAAAUUGGUGAGGUACACGAAGGGACUGCCACAAUGGACUGGAUGGAGCAAGAACAAGAAAGGGGAAUAACUAUAACUUCUGCUGCAACAACCACAUUCUGGAACAAACAUCGUAUCAACAUCAUUGAUACACCUGGUCACGUUGACUUCACACUUGAGGUGGAACGUGCUCUUCGGGUUCUUGAUGGUGCAAUAUGUUUGUUUGACAGUGUGGCUGGUGUUGAACCACAAUCUGAGACGGUGUGGAGACAAGCUGAUAAGUACGGGGUGCCAAGGAUUUGUUUUGUGAACAAAAUGGACCGGCUUGGGGCUAACUUUUUUAGAACACGUGAUAUGAUCAUUACGAAUUUGGGUGCUAAACCGCUUGUGCUUCAACUCCCAAUUGGGGCGGAAGAUACUUUUAAAGGGGUUGUGGAUCUUGUCAGAAUGAAAGCCAUAGUUUGGGGUGGGGAAGAGUUGGGUGCUAAGUUUUCAUAUGAAGAUAUUCCUUCCGAUCUUCAAGAAUUAUCUGAAGAAUACCGAGCAACAAUGCUGGAGAUGAUUGUUGAAUUAGAUGAUGAGGUUAUGGAAGGGUAUCUUGAAGGAGUUGAGCCCGAUGAAGAGACAGUUAAGAAGUUAAUUAGAAAAGGUGCCUUAGGAGGUAGUUUUGUGCCGGUUUUAUGUGGGUCAGCUUUUAAAAACAAAGGCGUUCAACCAUUGUUGGAUGCUGUUGUUGACUAUUUACCAUCUCCACUUGACGUGCCACCUAUGAUCGGUACCGACCCAGAUGACCCAGAAAUUGAAAUAUCACGGCUUGCAAGUGAUGAUGAACCUUUUGCAGGGUUGGCUUUUAAGAUCAUGAAUGACCCGUUUGUUGGAUCACUUACAUUCGUGAGGAUAUAUGCAGGGAAACUUGCCGCUGGGUCUUAUGUAAUUAAUUCAAACAAGGGAAAGAAAGAGAGAAUUGGGAGAUUACUUGAAAUGCAUGCGAAUGACAGACAAGAUGUCACGGUGGCGUUAACAGGUGAUAUUGUGGCUCUUGCAGGGUUAAAAGAUACCAUUACUGGUGAAACCUUAUGUGAUCCCGAAAAGCCAAUUGUUCUUGAAAGAAUGGAUUUUCCUGAUCCUGUCAUUAAAGUUGCUAUUGAACCAAAAACCAAGGCAGAUAUUGAUAAGAUGGCCAAUGGACUAAUCAAGCUUGCACGAGAAGAUCCUUCUUUCCACUUCUCACGAGAUGAAGAAAUUAACCAAACGGUCAUUGAAGGGAUGGGAGAAUUGCAUCUCGAGAUUAUUGUUGAUAGGCUCAAGAGGGAAUUUAAGGUGGAAGCGAAUGUAGGUGCACCACAAGUAAAUUACCGUGAAAGUAUUUCACGUGUGGCAGAAGUGAAAUAUGUUCACAAAAAACAGUCAGGUGGACAAGGUCAGUUUGCAGAUAUAACUGUUCGGUUCGAGCCAUUAGACCCAGGUAGUGGAUACGAGUUUAAGAGUGAGAUCAAAGGAGGAGCAGUCCCAAGAGAAUACAUCCCAGGUGUAAUGAAAGGUCUAGAAGAGUCGAUGUCUAAUGGGGUGCUUGCGGGGUUCCCUGUUGUUGAUGUUCGUGCUGUGUUAACCGAUGGGUCCUACCACGAUGUCGAUUCUAGUGUGCUAGCGUUCCAGCUUGCAGCUAGAGGAGCUUUCCGUGAAGGAGUUAGGAAGGCUGCUCCCAAGAUUUUAGAACCCGUUAUGAGAGUCGAAGUUGUGACACCUGAAGAGCAUUUGGGAGAUGUUAUUGGUGAUCUUAAUUCCAGAAGAGGACAGAUUAAUAGUUUUGGUGACAAGCCUGGUGGUCUCAAGGUGGUGGAUUCUCUAGUGCCACUAGCAGAAAUGUUCCAAUACGUGAGUACACUAAGGGGAAUGACGAAAGGACGGGCAUCAUACACCAUGCAACUUGCGAAAUUCGAAGAGGUGCCAAAACACAUCCAGAACCAGCUUGCUGCCGGCAAAGAAGAAGCAGUGACUGCUUGAUCUUUCUUUCCAGUUGUAAUUUAUGUUGGUAAUUUUUCACUUCACAUAUCAAAAUAGGACAAUACAUACACUUGCAAUUUUUGGUCAUAACUCAAAGUAUAUCAAGCAACAUGUUAUUUAUCCAUUCA